GCACGAUCGCCGACACUGCCGCCGACGCCCGACACGAUGCCGACGGAGAUCCUCGACUUUGCGGUCGGCACGAUCAUCGGCAACAUCUCGACGGCCGUUGUCCUCACACUUGUGUACUACAACUUCAUCCUCUUCGAAGACUACUUCCGCGUCAUCAUUUGGGCCUUCCUCUUCAGUCAGGCACUGCGAGGCGCGAAGGAAAAGAUCUGCCGCCUGUUGCGCUAUCUCAGCCGCGGCAAGGAAAUCCAACGCGACGGACUCUUGUACACCGUGUGGACGCAAGCAAUCCCGUACUUUCUUCGUUCGACGACGCGACGUCCCAACAGCCCCGACGACGCUCCUGUGGUUGUCCGUCCGCAGGACAAGUUGACAAAUCUCAUCAUGGACAAUGGGAUAUUCAUCUUUGCGUGGAUCGGUGGCGUCUCGAUCUACGUUCGCAUGUUCAGCUUUGUGUCGUUCCUGCAACUGUCCGUCGGCAUCUUGAUCGCGGGGAGUCUGGCCGUGUGGACGCUUGAUCGCCGCGUGUUUUACUACCGCUUGUUUAUCUCGGACGACGUGCUCGUGUCGUUGUUGCUCAUCCUGGGUUGUUUUGUGAUCGGAUUCUUUGUGCUGUUUUACCUCGGCACGGAAAGCUACAUGGAGGGAUCGUUGGCAGCAUCUCAUGUGAGCCGAUGGAUCCAAACGAACGUUGUGAACGAUGAGCGGACGCGCGCGAUGUGGACCGAGCAAAUUGCCAACGGCAAGGCCAUGGUGUCGUCGGCGAUCCAUCGCGUCGAAGGGUCGUACAACAACACGAUAUGGUUUGGACCGCUCAAGACGAUGGUGGUAUCAUAUUAUGAAAACCCUGGAGCCAACCAGUCGCUGCAAGCCGGCACGUCGGUCUUUCCGCCCAACAUGACGUGGGUGCAGGCAUGGUCGUUUGCGUACGCACAACUGAGCGAUUUCAACCUGACGUCGGUCGAAGUGAGCGACAUGACGUCGAAAGGACUCGAGUACAGCGGCAUGGCGGUCGGGUCGGUGAUUCAGCUCGUGUUUGUGCUUGUCGCGAUCGUCGUCGCGUUCGUCAGCAUCGGACUCAAGUCGUUCUUUUUUGUCACGUCGCUGUUCUACCUGCUCAGCGCCAAGUGGGACCCUGUCGAACGGAUUGUCUACGAUUUGAUCCCGAUUGCCCCCGAGAAACGACCGGCCAUGGUGGCGUCGCUCCGACGUGCGAUUGAAGGCGUGUUUUUCCUCCCCAUGAAGAUAUCGAGUUUGCAUGCCAUCGUGUCGCUUGUGUCGUUUUCGAUCGUGGGAACGGACUUUGUCUUUCUCGGGACGCUCCUGUCGUUCUUCAUCUCGAUCGUGCCGAUCAUUCCGCCAUACUUGAUUUGCCUGCCGUACGUGUGCUUGCGCCUCUCGACGUCGUUCGUACCGGCCAUCUUGCUCUUCGUCGUGCACUACUUUGCGUUUACCUGGAUCGACCAAGUGCUGUACGAGCGCAGCUUGACUUCUAUCAACGCGUAUAUUUCAGCGCUCAGCGUUGCGUUUGGCGUGUAUGUGUUUGGCCUGGAGGGCGUCGUAUUUGGCCCGCUUCUUGUGUGCGGGGUGAAUUGGGCGUACGAGAUUUCGAAUCACGGUGUCAAAGCUGCCACGACCGACGAGGAGACGUCGUCGUCGCCGCACGGACUCGACGGCCAAGACAGCAUCUUCACGAGCGCGUACAAGGCGAUCUCUGGCGGCCUGCGAGGCAACCUCUCGCGCGGGUUUUCGUUCGACUCGUCGUCGGACCAUGCGAUUUGCUUCGACUUGGAAGUUCACCGGGACACUCCGGGUACGCCGCCGUAUGUUGUGCGGUACAUUGCCAAGAAAGACUGGAGCUACGAGUACCUCGUCAAGAACAUGCGCCACACGCUCAAAGUUUGGAACGUUCGCGGGCUGUAUGCGAAAAAGAACCACGCGCAGAUUUUGAGUGUCGAGCACAUCUUUCCCAAAGAAUUGAUCCAGGUCGUUGUCCAAGACGAGCCGAAUUCGCCGCUGUCGCACCCCCUUCCUCACGUCGAAGAGUACAGCAGCAGCAGCAGCCAUCGCCCUCCGAUGCACCAUCUAAACGUGAAGCAAAGCGGGCGAGGGGCAAAGGGUGGCAGGGUGCUGAGUCCGUCAACGACCCCCACGCUCGUGCGCCGUCGGUCGGCCAACACCACGCCUCACAGCAGCAACCGUACUCAUGCCACAUCGAAUCAUUGUCUCGUGCCUCGCCGUUCGUUCCGUUCUAGCGAGUCGGGCUCGUCGUCGACGCACGGCGAUUCGGACGGCGCCGUGGACGAGUCGUCGUCCCCUGCGGUGGUGCCCUCGCUCAAUCGAUCGUCCACAAUUACAGUGGAUCCCGAGUCGGAUUCGUUCGAUGGGUUCCACACCGCCGCUAGUGCGAGCUUUCGAGCGGCACUGAAAGGUCUCCGCAUUCAAUCGGAUGUCUCACCACCUGCGGACGUGCAGGAUCCGCACAACUGUGCCAUGGAAGCGUCGCUGUACGAAUCGGCGCCCGAGGAGCCGACGUUGCCCCCGCCACCAGUCGACAAACCAGUGACCAAUCCAACGGAUGACGGCGUCACAACAGCACCAGUCCUCGCGCAGCCGCCGCUGCACUCGCCAACAAGUCCCCUGUACAUUACCGAGAAAGUCACGACUUUGCGCCAACGCAGAGGGAGCGUCACGAUGGACAGUCCGACCGCCGCCAGCGACCGGUCCACGAAACCAGGGCUGUGGAAGUCGAUAUUUAAACCGAGUUAGCGAGCGACGAUUGCCGUGAAUGGCACUCAACGUGGUGCCGUGCUGAGCACACUCGAUUCAGGCAAAAACACGCUGGUGCUCAACGCCA